GGCCGGGUAGUGACAGACUGGGCUCACACACAGCGUGAGGACAGCAUGAUUUCUUCCAGCCUGAUCGUUCUGGGUCUCAGUCUGUGCUUCCUGGGAGCCAGGGCUACGGAUCCGGCAGAUAAGCCGGGCAGUUGUCCUUUGGAUGUGGAUUACCCACGAUGUGACUCGGUGAAUACAAAGGAGAACGGAUGUCAGAAAGACAGCGACUGCACGGGGGACAGAAAGUGCUGCUUUUCUGGCUGUCAGAAACAGUGCCUCCUGCCUCUGAAAGCUAAGCUGGACCCCUGUCCUUCCUAUGAUCCCUCCAUAUGUGCACGCAUCCGCCUUUUUCCCAGCAACUGCCAUAUGGACAACCAAUGCCAAGGAACUGAAAGAUGUUGCCUCUUCUGCGGUGGUUACUAUUGCAGAAGUAAAAAGACUGAAAACUAAUCUCUAUCCGGUAACGAGUGACGGACGCUGCAUAGCACAUAGCACACUGAUGGCACGCCUCGUGAUCCGUCCUACUAUCUCUCCGCUGGGGAUGGACUGUGUCCCACCACUUCCUGUCCAUUCAUUGCUAAUUACUGUCACUUGAUGUAACUGAUUCCAAUAAAUAGAAAUAUCAUCACUCCAUUGUGAGACCCUGUUUUCUGUGUGGGAUUACAGACAGCACAUAAUGGGAUAUUAGAUACAAACAGAUAUAACAUUUAAGUGCUCUCCACCACCCCACACACUUCCACACCAUCAUGGACUUCUUCAUGGUUAGAAAAGUAGUCUUCUAUAUUAUCUCCAUAAAAAUAUUACCUUUUGGGCUUUCCCACAUAUUGCAUGACAUGCUCAGCUUGGUCAUUCUGUGGCUGAAGUUGGGUUAGGAUUUCAGGAAUCUCAUUUGACCCAAGGUCCAUGGCCAUCACAGUAGUCGUACAUGAAAUAAACCCAUGUAUAAUCAGGUUAUAGAAUCUGUAGAGCAGCUGUCCAUCUCUCUCUGCCAGCUCAGCAUUCUGAAGAAAUCAAGGAAUUAGUAACAUGAAUUGGGAUGACCUGACUGUCCAU